GGAGCCGGGCCUCGCUCCCCGCCCGGUGACACAAAGCGAAUCCAAGAUGGCGGAUGCGGGCGCGGGGAGCCUGCAUGGGGGGGAUUCGGGGUUGUCGUGCCCGCCCGAGGAGCAGGAGCUGAGUCAGCGCCUCCGCCGCCUCUACCCCGCCGUCAACGAGGAGGAGACGCCGCUGCCGCGGUCCUGGAGCCCCAAGGACAAGUACAACUACAUCGGCCUCUCGCAGGGCAACCUGCGCGUCCACUACAAAGGUCAUGGUAAAAAUCACAAGGAUGCUGCCUCAGUCAGGGCUACACACCCCAUACCUGCAGCUUGUGGCAUUUAUUACUUUGAAGUGAAGAUUGUCAGUAAAGGUAGAGAUGGGUACAUGGGAAUAGGACUUUCUGCUCAAGGAGUCAACAUGAACAGACUUCCUGGGUGGGAUAAACAUUCGUAUGGGUAUCACGGUGAUGAUGGGCACUCCUUCUGUUCUUCGGGGACAGGACAGCCCUAUGGCCCUACAUUCACAACUGGAGAUGUGAUCGGCUGCUGUGUCAACCUUAUCAACAAUACCUGCUUCUACACGAAAAAUGGCCACAGUUUAGGUAUAGCCUUUACAGACCUCCCUUCAAAUCUCUAUCCCACAGUGGGUCUCCAGACUCCAGGAGAGAUAGUCGAUGCCAAUUUUGGGCAGCAGCCGUUUGUGUUCGACAUUGAGGACUACAUGAGGGAGUGGCGAGCGAAGAUUCAGAGCACCAUUAAGCGGUUUCCCAUAGGAGACAGACUAGGCGAGUGGCAAGCCAUGCUGCAGAAUAUGGUUUCUUCCUAUUUGGUUCAUCAUGGGUACUGUUCAACAGCAGCUGCCUUUGCCAGAGUAACAGACACCACAAUCCAGGAAGAGCAGACCUCAAUAAAGAAUAGACAAAGAAUACAGAAGCUAGUAUUAGCCGGCAGAGUGGGAGAAGCUAUAGAAGCCACCCAGCAACUCUAUCCUGGUCUCCUAGAACAUAAUCCCAACCUGCUCUUCAUGUUAAAGUGUCGGCAGUUUGUGGAGAUGGUGAAUGGGACAGACAGUGAAGUACGUUGUUUCAGUGCCCGCAGCCCCAGAUCCCAGGACAGUUACCCCGGGUCCCCCAGUUUAAGUCCUAGACAUGGAUCAAACAACUCACAUGUUCAUAGUACUGGAGCGGAUAGUCCCACCUGUAGCAAUGGAGUAAUGUCCACAAAAAGCAAACAGAGCCGUAAUAAAUACCCAGCACUGAGUUCAUCAUCUUCAUCUUCCUCUUCCUCUUCCCCCUCAUCUGUGAACUACUCGGAGUCCAAUUCUACAGAUUCUACCAAAUCUCAGCAGCACAGUAGUACGAGUAACCAAGAAACCAGUGACAGUGAAAUGGAAAUGGAGGCUGAGCAUUACCCCAAUGGAGUCCUGGAAAACUCAUCCACCAGGAUAAUGAAUGGCACCUACAAACAUGAAGAGAUCCUGCAGACAGAUGAAUCCAGCAUGGAAGACAACUGCCCUCAGAGGCAGCUCUGUGGAGGGAACCAUGCUGCCACGGAACGAAUGAUCCAGUUUGGACGGGAGCUGCAGAUGCUGAGCGAGCAGCUUUGCAGAGAAUAUGGGAAGAAUACAGUGCACAAAAAGAUGCUUCAGGAUGCAUUUAGCUUGUUAGCUUACUCUGACCCUUGGAACUGCCCUGUUGGUCAACAGCUGGACCCAAUCCAGAGGGAACCUGUGUGUGCUGCUCUUAAUAGUGCUAUAUUGGAAUCUCAGAACCUGCCAAAGCAGCCCCCGCUGAUGCUUGCCCUGGGCCAGGCCUCGGAGUGCUUGCGGCUCAUGGCUCGUGUGGGCUUGGGCUCCUGCUCCUUUGCCAGAGUAGACGACUAUUUGCACUAGCCACCAGAGCAAGAUGGAAUUGACAUCCCUGAGUGCUGCCCUUCACCCUCCGUUGCUGCCACUACAACAUCAUCUCUUCUAUAGCCUGACCUCCCUGCCACCAACACCCCCUCCAGCACACACACAUGCAUACACACACACACACACAAACACAUGCACAUGCACACGCACACACUGCCUGUGAAAGGAUUGAGUUAUUUCCUCACUACAUGGCCAUUCCUGACCCCAGGAGUGACUGGCAGAUUUUAUCCGUCUCCCUGCUAUUGCUGCGGCUCCAGCAGCAUUCAGUAUUUUGCUGGUUAUUCUAAUAUAGCGCCUUCCGAUGUAGGCAUUUCUCUUUAUUUUGAUUUGAGUUGUUUAUGAUGGAUCCACCAGUAUUUUAUCUGGAGAGUUUUGCUGAGCUGGUUUCUGCUGAUUUACUGAGGAAGCUCAUCAAGUUGGUGACAGCUUAUUCUUUUCUUCCCUCCUCCCUCCAUCUGUGCACAUCCAGCAUCAUCUUCUGUACUAGUUGCCUGAACUCUUCUUGCAGUGGCAGAUCGGAGGAAUUUUUUUUUUAUUUGAAUCCUGUUUAUUAAAAAGGUCUCUUCCACCUCCACAAGGUCAUUGAUGUAUUUAUUGCCCACAGCCCCAGUUCCAGCCAUACGCAUCGUACAUCACCCCAGGAGACCUGGUGAGUUGUGUCCUGUCAUGUGCUUACGAUGGGAAUUGGAGGAGCUUGGUCUUUCAAGGUACAUGCCUCGCUAAGAGCACAGGGCUCUCAAACCUUGUGCUUGUGAGUGGGAAGAGGAGAAGUCUUGACAUUGCCUGCGUAGUCCUUGUCAAUGGCUACAUGGCAAAAGCAUCUCAUGCCCUGAAAAGGAGGUAGAUCAAGCUCUCACAGCAGCUGGAGGACAGGACUGACUAACUGGAAAUCAUCUACCACUGUAUUGGUAGGAGCGGGUUAUGUUAGCCUGUAAGAAACAUUCAUGGGUGCUGCCAGACUGGGCUGUCAGUUUUUGUGUUAAGCCACAAACACCUCCUCUAUAUAGGAGGGCUCUUUCACUAGGACUCAAUAAUAGUAUUUGCUGGUCCCCAUAUAACACUGACCUAAAUGAGCACCUCUAAAUUAUAGAAGUCUCUUGAAAACACUAGUCUGAACUGUGCUCUUCCUUGCAGGUCGCAAAUGCCAAGGUCAGGCUGUGGGUGAGGGUAGGUACUAGCUUUGUAAGGUGUGAUCCAUUCAGGGGGGAGCAGCAAUGGUUUUGUAAGGAUUCUUAAGGUAGUGAUUUCAGUUUCAGGUCCAGAAGUGACCCGCAAGGACGUGUGGGUGGGUAAGCUCAGAGUGCAGCAGACUAAUGCAUCAUUGCUGUUGUAUGCAUCAGGUCCAGGGACUCAUUAAAGUGCUGCUAAGCUUUUUGUAUUCAAACCAUCUGCUUCUAAGUGUACUUGUAACUGGUGAGUCUGUGUAUCAGGACUGUACAUUUUGCAUCCUGCAGCAUGUACCAUUAUGAGACUUAAGGAUGGAUGUGGCUGCACAGGAGCUGCAGCAAAGGAAUUUUACAUCUGUAGCUGUGCGGAGGCUCCAAGGGAGCUCAGACCUAACAUGUCUUUUUACUGCCGUUCUUGACUUUAUUUUUGGAAAUAAAACAGAAAGAUUGUAUUGAGGUUUGCCCUCAAAAUGGAGGUUAGCCUCUGCCAAGGGUCCAAGCAGCAAAUGAGCUUGGUGGUGUGUGGCUUGUCCUGUACCUCUCUGUGAUAAGUGUGAUGAGCAGUGUGAACAAACAGCUGUAGCUGUGCAGGGAUGCUUCAGGAUACCUCUCUGCAGUAGCCCAGAUCUUUAAAGAUUUUCUGCAUUUGCAGACUUCAUUUGCAGCUGGAGCAUAAGUUUUGAAAUAAAGGCAGAGUAGGGGGGCAGUUGUCUCCUGCACUGCAGAACUGGACUGUUUGUGACAAUGCUGGAGGCAAACGGCCAUGGCUGUGAAUGUGCAGAUGGUGUUGGAGGUGGAGGGAAAUGCCUAUUGCUACCUUUUGGUGAAGGUAUACAAUGUGUAAGGCAAUGCUGGAGCCAGAAUAGUCUAAGAAAGCAGGGAACAUGAGGUUUGUAGAUGGAGGAUAUGUUUUGAUUAGACCAACUAGUAUAGUUGAAAAAAACGAAUGCAACUCUGAGUACCAAAACCCUUCUUCUAGGCACAGAUAGAAGCAGAGGAUGAAAAAAGCAGAAUUUAACCUUGCAAUCUGCUGCUUUUGUUUCAGUUCUGUGGAUGAACUUAUGUGCCUGAAAGCUCCUCUAUUUAUUUUCAAGUCUGCUAGUUGGCCUAGUGAUGGAUAUUACCCAAACCUGGAGUCUUUAUCUUGUUGCAACUGCACAGGCACUUUAACUUCAUGGACAGGUAUCCUUUCUGGAGCCUCUAUUGCUGGGCCUAUCACUGCUGCCUAAUGUAUAACCAGUUCCCAUAGUGUUCCCAGUGCUGUUGCUGAAACUGAGGCAGUGUGUAAACUUCCCCCGGAGGGAGUUCUUGCUGUAAGCUCUGCAUUUCUCAGCACAAGACUUAGAGCAUGCUAUUGGGCUGAUUGUGGGUGCUUAGGUUGGAAAUACUCUAGUAUCUGACUUUUGCCUUUCACAUUUGGCUACUUCCUGUGCUGUUGGUCAUCAUUAACUUGCUCCUGUCUACCUGCAGUCAAACCUCUCUUUCAUCUUUGUAGCAACACCAUCUUUAUCUCUUUUGAGUUUUCCUUGGGGUUUUUUGCUCUUACUCUGUGAUAAUUUGUGCUUCCUUGAAGGCAAGUCUGUUCUCUGUCGUAUGCUUAUGCCCCCUUGGUCUCUCGGAAAAGCAGUGCUGACUGUCCUGGAGCAAUUGUUUUUGUUUUGGUUUCCCCUUUGCUACAAAGAACCAGGAGAUGCUCCUAGAUGCUUGGUUAUUCUUAUGCCAAGAAAUGUGUGAAGGCAUGGUCUCUCUGGCUUUUCACGGUGACUGUUGCUGUGGUGGAAUGCCAUCCUGAUGUUGUGUUGAGGUUCGUGCUGAGAGGCCACAGUCUUAAUGAUUGCACUUAGCAGGGCUGCAUCACUCUUUCUGCCACUAACAAUAUGCAUCACUUAGUGGCAGCAGAUCCCUCUAAACUAAACAGCAGUGAUGCUCUUCACUUCUUGUACUCAAAGCAAGAGCACUAGGUUGUUUUUUUUUCCUUUCUCACUUGACUGGCUUCCUAAAUGGCCUGAGUACUGCAAUCAACACACAUUAAUCCUGUGGGCUUCUCACAGGCUCUUGUACCUGGAGUACUAAUUCUGGGUUUUUGGGAAUGCUAAGGCUUUUCUGCUGUGACAUCACUGUUCUGCGCCCCUUGUUUGUUCUUUCAUUUCGAGUGUUCUUGCAACUUCACUAGUUGUUUGUGGUGGUGUGCUUAGAUCCUGACAAAUGUUCCUGCUUUUUACUGUGGUCUAAGUCAGUGUGGGGAAGAUAAAUGUGUUUGCAGUGGGUAUGGAUGUGUAGGCAUAGGCUCGAACCUGUCGUUGAUUCCUGGAUGAGAUUUAACACUUGGUUCUUCCCAGAUUAUUUUUCAAAGCCUGGUGGUCCUUGAGUGUCCCUGACUGCUCCUUGAUGGUUUUUGUGUUUUAUGUUUGACUACGAUGUCAGCUGAGACUUAAUUUGAUUUGUUGCAGUCACUCUUAAAAGUGAACAAAACUAAACUGAAUUGAAGUCUUUACUUUUGAAUAUGAGCAUGACCUAACCAGAAGCUUCAUGCAGUUAAAGAAUUCCUUUUAUAAAAUUGAUUUUGGAUUUGUUAUUCCAAGCGCCUCAUGAUUUGCUCAGAAGCAGAUGAAUAAAUGAGAGAGGCCUUAAGAACAGCCUGUCUGAGACUCUGCUUUAUCUGAGCAGCCUCUCACGAUAUCUCUUCUCCUAACAGCCCUUUGGCAGAGCAACGUCCAUGUUUGUCAAAUCUUUGGUAGAAACUGCUGACUUCUCUUUUCAUGGUGGAGGGAUACAGGGUCUCAGCUAUGGCCCUGCAUAUAAUGCUGGUGGCCUUGGGUUUGGGACUUCCAUCACAUGGGUUUGACACAUAAGUUGUUCUGCUGUGCUGAUUUCAGAUCCUGGAAGAGGGGUUUCCAAAAAACAGCCAUAGGCUACUCACAGUCCAGGAAAUCUUUUUAGCCAUGCGGUCCCGAAAGAGGAUUUCUAAUUUUGUCUGUCCUUACCCCAACAAACCAAUUGCUACAGCUGUAACAGCUAAACAUCUCCUAGCUCUGCCAUGACUGAGUAAUUGUCUGCACAUUCAGAGGAUCUCAGCUGUCAUCUGAUGAGUCCAGAGUCGUAACCACAGAGCUAUAAUCUACAGAGUGCUAAGAACCCCCAGCUGUAUACUCUGGACACCUGCUACUUCACUUGCUUUCCUCGGGCUCUGUGUAGCAGUGACAGCCUUUCAGAAGGGUAAGAUGUCACAGGGACCUGGUGGAAACCUGCUUUCAAGGGUGGUCUUAGCCUGGCACAUCAUGAGCUCUGUUCUGCAGCCCCAUACCCUAACUGUUAAGUGGCCCUUUGAGAAUGGUAUUUUGGGAACUCCGGACCUAAAGCCUUAGUUAAAGUGUCCUUCAGUGGUUCUGCGGAGGCAGCUUUGUGGAGCUGAAUUACAUCACCAGGUUUUUCUCCCUAUGGACAAGGCUUUGCAUUGUUCCUACAUGCAGUGAAUGAGAGCAGCCACAUCAACAGUAACAUUUUGGAGAACUUUUGAGUGGGAUGACGGAUUGGUUCAGGAAUCGGAGGCAUUGGAAUAGCUGGGGUAAGUGUUUCUGGGACCCAGAAAAGGAAAGCAUUGAGCAAUAUUGGCAGAGGUUGUCCAGACCUGGAAUAGCAAGGAAGCUGCAGGUGUGGACUGAGGAGCAGAGUGAGAGGAUUGUUGCACUAGAGGCCAGGAAAGUAAUAGGGAGGGAUGUGAGGAAAGCAGCUUGGGAGAAUGUAGAGCUUGCAAUACCAUGCCAGAAUGCUCUUUAACUUCCUGGCUGUGUUUCAGCGGUAUAUACCUGAACAGCAAAAAAGGUGCUGCUGCUUCUGCUGUUGCCUUCACCGCGUAAGGAAUGGCCCUUGGCAGCUGUUGCGCUCUAGCUGCCUGCUGGCUAAUCUGAAGGCAAGAAGCCCUGAAUGUCCAGGCGCGCAUAACACUGCAGGAGACUGUCACCCACAGCUGAUUGACUUGGUCUGCUGAGGAGCUUCACUUGGAACCCCUUAAAAUGGAAUGAGUACUCUUGGUGACAUUUCAGCACUGCUGAGCACCUAACUGAAUGUGUUUUAGAUGCAGAGGGGCCUGUGUAGAUCAGUUACGUGUGAGGCUAGAGGAGCUGGUGUUCUGCAUGGUGCCUUGUGCCAUGGAAAACGGCAGAAGUGAGGCAGAAGGCUGUAUGGGGCAGCUCUUGUCAGGCUUAGUGUGUGGGAGGUGACUCUUUUGGCAGUGUCCAAAAGGAAGGAGGACCUGGUCUGUUGUUGUUCCUUUGAGGUUACCAGGAGCAAAUUUUACUGUUCAGGAGCAGUAACUACAGGUGAGAAAAAGCACCAGUUCUGCUUGAAGGGCCUCUCUUUCUCCAUUGGAUAAAGUCUGAAAACUUCUUUCCAGGAUCUGCACUCUCCCCAAGCUGCUGGUAUUGAUAAAUGUUGUUCUAUAAGGGUGUUGAAGCACAUGACCUCCAUCCUGGAGCCCCAAGAGCUAGCUAUUCCUUUCAUUGCUGCUGGUCAGCAACUGUGUUUAUCCUGCAACAGAAGCAACCGUUGUCCUUCUCCAUAGGGACCUGCUAGCUUCUGUAAAAGUCCCCCAAGGAUGGUACUUCACUAAAUCUUAAAAGAUCUAGUUGGAAGGGACCUCUGGAGGUCUCCAGUCCAACCAUCUGCUGAGAGCAGGGUCCUAGCUUCAAAGCUAGACUGGGUUGUCCAGGGCUUGUCCAGUUGAGUCUGGAAAAUUUCAAAGAUGGAGAUGCCACCACCUCUCUGAGCCUUGUCCCAGUGCUACACACGCUGUCAUAGGGAACAAUUUUUUCCUCAUAUCCAGUCAGCAUUUUCCUGCUUGCAAACUGUGCCCAUUGCCUCCUGUCCCUUCAGUGGCACCUCUGAGAGCAGUCUGGCCUCAUCUUCUGCAUUAACCCUCCCUCUGCUUUUAGGUAAGUGGAAUAUGCAGUUAGAUCCUCCCUUCUCUUCUCUGGGUUGAACAAGUCCUGUUCUCUCCGUCUUGCCUCAUACAUCUUGUGCUCUAGCCCCUGACCACCUUAGUGGCCUCUGCUGGAUUCAUUGUGGUUUGGGGACUGUUGACUCUUGUACUGGACUCCGCAUUGCAGAUAGUUCCUCUUUGCUAUGCUGUGGUCCUUUCCUAGCAAAUGUGUAACAAAAGGUGUUUUGAGGCUUACAGGGUUCACUGUACUCUAAAUCAGGCUGUCUUGCAUGCUUGAAGGGCAGCAGUCUUAUUUCCCGUGCAGCCUCUGGUAUGUCCUCACAGCCAGCAUGUUUUGGGAAAACUUAUUACUACUAGUUCUCCCUUCUUGCUCCUUGCUCCUUUGCCUCCCACAACUGCAGUAUUCUCCCACUGUUGUAAACACCAGAAGUGGUUAUCUGCAGUGUUUGGUACUGAUUUAGAGCUGCUCUGACACCAGGAUCAGCCCUGUGGCUCCUGCUGACAGCAUGUUCUUAGAACGUAGAGCAAAUGCUUCAGUUUGUUGCAGCUGCUUUUCCGGGCUUGUUCCUGUGGCACCAUUUUAAAGGGACAGACCUAUGUGCGAUGAUCCCACAAGAGCACCUCUCCUUUUCAUCAUUGCGCAGGAGCCCAACAGCCUGGAUCUGGGCUGGCUGCAGCACUUCUGCCAUUCUUUGGGAAUCCGGUUAGAAAUAGAGCAUUUGCAUGUGGCCAGCAAAAUGGAGAGGGGCUUUGGGAAUGAACAGCACUGGGUAAGUGGCAUCCAGCUAGUGGGAGAUAGCCAUCCAGUGGCUGCUCUUGCUCCCCUCCAUCCUCCCACGUCUGCCAGCACACUAGCUGGUUCCUUGCAGAUACAUGGAUGAUGUGUAGUUGUUUGGGGCUAUAGCCUAUUUCCAUCUCUAUCUUCCUGGUGCCCAGAAGUGCUGGGCUGGUCUUAGUGAUCUGUGUGCUGCUGCCGACCUGAGUUGGACAGCAGGUGAUGCAGUUGUGCCUGGCAUGAAGAAUUGGCCCCUUUGGGAGUAUCUCCCGUACUGCGGUUGUGUACAGCUACUUUUUUCCCAUCUGCCUGCUUAUUCCAGUUCCUUCUGGUUCUUUACAGCCACAUCUCCACCUGUCCUCAAGCUACGUCCUUAUUUAUCACUUAGUCUUACUAAGGCAUCAGUACCUUUCUUUAAACAGCUUUGUUCUUGAGACUCUCCUGAACAACUAGAACAGCUAGAGCUGGUUUAGCUAGCUCUGAGGAGUAAAUUUAUCAUUUUCUUCCUUAGGCUUCAGGCAUAAUGAACCAUGUCUUUGCCCAGCAAAGCAAACCUUGUUGGAUUGCUGUGGUGCUACUGUGCUUUGUUAGCUGUUUUUCUUAAUACUCAUGUAGCAUGUUGCCUAAAUGGGGGUUUCAGAGUUCUCUCUGCCAUCAUGCAGUCGAUUGAGAAAGCUAACCAUGAUACCCAGGGUAUAUAGCAGUGCAUAAAUGCCAUGAAGUUACACAUUGCACAAAACAGCGUCAGGAGGUUCUUUGAACUGAAGCAGCAACGUGCAGUCUUCAGCUACCUGCAGGUCAGCAGGCAGAGAGGUCCAUCACACUUCAGUCCUGCGGUGCAGUGAGGACAUGUGGAGCUGAUCACACAUUUAUUUUUCAGUGUAGUCACGUGUAUGCAGGAUGCCUGGACAGACUGCCCAGCAUUGUCAGGUCCUUGCAUGGGGAAAGGUAAGGAAUGCAUUCCAGAAAAGGUGGCUCUGGUCUGCCCUGGUGUGCCCUUCACAGAAAUGGCAUCUUCCUUAAAACCCUGCAGCCUAUCUGUCUUAGAGCAACCGGAGUAGUGGAUCCUGAAGGGGGGAGCUCAGCUCCUGUAGGAAGAUGGUGGUGGGAUUUCAGCUGCACGCUUCUAUCCCUAGAUGUUUCUGCUAAAGAAUAGUGGGAGGACAUGUGCUGUGUGCUGCUGGGACCCUACUGCGGCCCCAGAAGUGGCAGAGAGAAGAUGCGUUCCAGCAGCUCUUGCUCUGAGCCAAAAGCUGUGUGUAAGCAAUGUCCCAUCUGCUGUGGUAGGACGAAGAGCUGGAGGAAGUGUUCAGGCAUGUUUAAAACAGACUUGGGGAGGAAAAGGGAGCAGUUGAGAGCCUUCAGUCUUCUCCUAGAGGAGGCACUAGCUGUUCUUCACCAUCCUGCCCUGCAACAAGAGAUGGAGGAUGAUGGAUGAGUGAACAUGGUGUGUCUGUCCCUCUCCCUGCAUCCUGUGAACAGAGCUUAGAGCCUGCUGCCUUUAGCUGCAGCAGAGCCCAGCAAGCCAAGAGUUCAUCCAGGCUUGAAGAACACACACGUGCAACUUAGUUUCCUGCCAGCUGUUUUAUUUUCAAGAGGUGGAGGAAACUGCCUCCUGCCAACUGCAAGCAGAGUCCUGUAUGGGAUUUACACUUCCAUCACUGCAGAAACAUUCCUGGUGUGGCAAUGCAAACCUCUGCUUCUUUUGAACUUCCGCUGGCUGAGAGACACCUCUUUGGUCACUUCACGUGUCUGGGCACGUGCUCUGAAAUGCAGAUCCCUUGCCCUGGGAGGGCUUUAGCUGCAACCAGGAAGAGCCAAAGGGCCUUUUGUGGGCUGGGCUUCUCACAGACUCUGCUUCUGAGAAGGAGAAGCAGCAGUGGCUCUGGGGAUAAUGACGAUUUUUCAGAGUUUUUUACAAAUAGGGACAUCACAACUCUUUCAGACUAAGGACUCUGCUCAGUCAUGUGAUUGGGAUUUUCUCUCUCAGUCCUAUCUGUGCAUGCUCUUCAUGGCUCUCCGUACAGGGGAGGCAACUGCUGGCACUUGAAGCUCUUGCACGCAAACCCAAGGACCUGCCUGCAGUGCAGUUAACUCUCUUCUGCCGGUUGCUCAGAACUCAGGUAUGAAAUGCUCAGCUGGAUCAUGGGGUGUGAGGUCUUUUCAGGUUUCCAGUCAGCCCUGAACAAAUGGCCACAAUUCAGCUGUAACAGAGCAGUUCUCCCUCUGCCGCUCCAGACUUUUCAUCGCCUUUCAAGGAGGGUUUCUCCUCUAUGGUAUGACAUCGGCUAAAUGGACAUUACACAGAUUGUGCGCAUUCGUUCAGUCUAAGCUUAGUAUUUGUGAAUUAAGUUAUCCAAUGCUUCGCGUGAAAACUUCAAAAGUGGGGGGUGGAUUUUAACUGAGAGCUGAGUAUAUUAAAAUUUACUGGAAAUAUGGUAAAGAAAUCAACAUUCUGCUGUAUAUUGACAGAAUUAUUUUUAUUAAAAUACACAUCCAUGUGCAAGA